AUGACGUUCAAAAAGGCAUUUGAAUCUGAGCCAUCACUACAGUCAGGAAUUAAUUACGCGGUCCUUCUCCUGGCGGCUGGGCAUCAGUUUGAAUCUUCCUUUGAGCUCCGGAAAGUUGGAGUGAAGCUGAGUAGCCUCCUUGGUAAAAAGGGAAACUUAGAAAAACUCCAGAGCUACUGGGAAGUUGGAUUUUUUCUGGGCGCCAGUGUCCUGGCCAAUGACCACAUGAGAGUCAUCCAAGCAUCUGAAAAGCUUUUUAAACUGAAGACACCGGCAUGGUACCUCAAGUCAAUUGUAGAGACAAUUUUGAUAUAUAAGCAUUUUGUGAAACUGACUACCGAGCAGCCUGUGGCCAAACAGGAGCUCGUGGACUUCUGGAUGGAUUUCCUGGUUGAGGCCACAAAGACCGAUGUUACCGUAGUUAGGUUUCCACCUCAGUUAGUCAACACAUCGCUUAAAAACAGACAUAAGGUUGCUGUUAAUUCCUACUACAGUUUGGCUAACAUUGACAUCAAUGUUGGCACCAUUAUUGUGGUGAAAAGUGGUGUUAUGCACCUGGAUUGUUAUUCGAUCUCCACUGCUCAUUACCCAUAUGGAUACUCCCAGCCCCUACAUGAAGAAAUAGCAUUGCAUAAACAUCUGAAGCACAAAAAUAUUGUCCAGUAUCUGGGCUCUUUCAGUGAGAAUGGUUUCAUCAAAAUCUUCAUGGAGCAGGUCCCAGGAGAAUACAAGAAAAACCGAGUGGUAGACUUAAACACUGGAAGUGUGUUUGAAUCAUCCCCAGGUACCCUUCAGUAUAUGGCACCGGAAAUCAUAGACAAAGGACCACGAGGCUACGGGAAAGCAGCAGACAUCUGGUCUUUGGGCUGCACCAUCAUCGAAAUGGCCACAGGGAAACCACCUUUUUAUGAACUGGGAGAACCACAAGCAGCUAUGUUCAAGGUGGGAAUGUUUAAAGUCCACCCGGAGAUCCCAGAGUCCAUGUCAGCAGAGGCCAAGGCAUUCAUACUGAAGUGUUUUGAACCAGACCCUGACAAGAGAGCCUGUGCUAACGACUUGCUUGUUGAUGAGUUCUUAAAAGUUUCAAGCAAAAAGAAAAAGACACAACCUAAGCUUUCAGCCCUUUCAGCCGGAUCAAAUGAGUAUCUUCGAAGCAUAUCCUUGCCUGUGCCUGUCCUGGUGGGGGACACAAGCAGCAGCGGCGAGUACGGCUCUGUUUCUCCCGAUGCGGAGUUAAAAGUGGACCCCUUCUCUUUCAAAACGAGAGCCAAGUCCUGCGGAGAAAGAGACGUGAAAGGAAUACGGACACUCUUUUUGGGCAUUCCAGAUGAAAAUUUUGAAGACCACAGCGCUCCGCCUUCCCCUGAAGAAAAAGAUUCUGGAUUCUUUAUGCUGAGGAAGGACAGUGAGAGACGGGCCACCCUUCACAGGAUCCUGACGGAAGACCAAGACAAAGUUGUGAGAAACUUAAUGGAAUCUUUGGCUCAGGGGGCCGAAGAACCUAAACUAAAAUGGGAACAUAUCACAACCCUCAUUGCAAGCCUCAGAGAAUUUGUGAGAUCCACGGACCGAAAAAUCAUCGCCACCACACUGUCCAAGCUGAAGCUAGAACUUGACUUCGACAGCCACGGCAUUAGCCAAGUCCAGGUGGUGCUCUUCAGUUUUCAAGAUGCUGUCAAUAAAGUUCUUCGGAAUCAUAAUAUCAAACCACACUGGAUGUUUGCCUUAGACAGUAUCAUCCGAAAGGCGGUGCAGACGGCCAUUACCAUUCUGGUUCCAGAACUGAGGCCACAUUUCAGCCUUGCGUCUGAGAGUGACACCGCUGAUCAAGAAGACUUGGAUGCAGAAGAUGACCAUGAGGAACGGCCUUCGAACCAAACUGUCCGAAGACCUCAUGCUGUCAUUGAAGAUGCUGUGGCUACCUCAGGGGUGAGCACGCUCAGUUCUACUGUAUCCCACGACUCCCAAAAUGCUCACCGGUCGCUCAAUGUGCAACUUGGAAGGAUGAAAAUAGAAACUAAUAGAUUACUGGAAGAAUUGGUUCGGAAAGAGAAAGAAUUACAAGCACUACUUCAUCGAGCUAUUGAAGAAAAAGACCAAGAAAUUAAACACCUGAAGCUUAAGUCCCAACCAAUAGAUAUUCCUGGAUUGCCCAUAUGCCCCCGGGGUUCUCCUGGCACAAAUACUGAAGAGUCUGAACUUACUGAGUGGCUGAGAGAAAAGGGAGCUGAUGAAGACACUAUAAGUCGGUUUUUGGCUGAGGAUUAUUCACUAGAGGAUGUUCUCUACUAUGUUACACGUGAUGAUUUAAAAUGCCUCAGACUAAGGGGAGGGAUGCUUUGCACACUGUGGAAGGCCAUCACCGACUUCCGAGACACACAGACUUGACUGUCGCUCAGUUGGUUUCCAGCCUUCCGUGGAGAUUCUAACAGACAGAACUGAUCUUCGCAGGGGAGGGAGAACCUAAGAGAGAGGAGAAAGAAGCUGCACUUUAAAUCCAGUAUUUGUUUACUUGUGUUAAAAGGAGAAAAAAAAAAAAAGACAAAAUACACUGAAAUUUCCUAACUGCUUCUAUUUCUACAAUUCAUAAGGAUUCUUUGUAAGGACUCUCAAAAAUAAUCCUAAACAUCAGGAUGCUUGGGAUUAUUUUAGUCUAAACAUUUUUAUGGAAAUAUUUUUAACUUAGCAGCUGUUGCACUUCGGCCAAAUGUCUCUUUUACACGAAACGGAUAGAACAUUUCAUGUGAUUGUGCAUCACUGGAACAAAACCAAAAUGUGACCAUAACUUUUUAGGCUUAUGUGUGUGUGUAAGAUACUCUGAGUAGAAAUGCAUAAUUUCAAUUGUUGUGUAAAGUUUAUGUUUUUUUUUAAGUGUGCAGAAUCCGAGAAGCAGUGGUUUUUACUUACCUAUGUGUAUUAAUUGUAAUAUUGACUCUAUUUUGUAACUUAAGUUUCUGGCGCAUAGUACGUUCAUUUGAGUCGUGUUUGUACUACUGAACUGUACCAGUUGCACAUGUCUGAAUUAUAGUAAUGUUAGCUUGUUCUAAAGCUAUCCAUUGUGUCAUAUUUACUCUAAAAAGUAAAAAGACUCUUAACGUACUGUUCGAUAAAUUCUAAAGAAUUCUUAUUUUGUUUGGACAAACCAGAUAAACUACUGUGUCAAACUUCUA